CCGCGCUUUGCCAAUUUUUUAUUCCGUUUUUAGCGGGAGAUCAGCCCAAGUUAUUUUCUAAUUAUAGACGACUUAGCUGCAGAAUGCAUUUUAAGUGACAAGGGGAUAUAAACUUUUCAAAUUAGUGAAAAUGAUUAAUCAAUACAUCACCCCCUCCAUGCGAUUUCCCCUACUGUUUCCGUUCGUUCCCGGCUUAUAGAGCUCUUACGUUUUUCUCGUCCUCUUGCUGUGCUUUCCGAAGGUGGAAUAAAAAGGCAAUUCAAAAUGGGUAAAGAAAAGAUCCAUAUUAACAUUGUGGUCAUAGGUCAUGUAGAUUCAGGUAAAUCCACCUCUACCGGUCACUUGAUCUACAAAUGUGGAGGUAUCGACAAGCGUACCAUUGAAAAGUUUGAAAAGGAGGCCCAAGAAAUGGGAAAAGGCUCUUUUAAAUACGCCUGGGUUUUGGACAAACUUAAAGCUGAACGCGAACGUGGUAUUACCAUUGAUAUUGCCCUGUGGAAGUUUGAAACAGCUAAAUACUAUGUAACCAUCAUCGAUGCCCCUGGGCACAGGGAUUUCAUUAAGAACAUGAUCACAGGCACCUCUCAGGCAGAUUGUGCCGUACUUAUUGUGGCUGCGGGUACCGGUGAAUUCGAAGCCGGUAUUUCCAAAAACGGCCAAACCCGCGAACACGCCCUUCUAGCUUUCACCCUGGGGGUCAAACAGCUGGUCGUAGGAGUCAACAAGAUGGACUCCACUGAGCCCCCAUACUCCGAAACGAGAUUUGAAGAGAUCAAGAAGGAGGUGUCCUCAUACAUUAAGAAGAUCGGCUACAAUCCGGCUGCUGUUGCUUUUGUGCCCAUCUCUGGUUGGCACGGAGACAACAUGCUGGAGCCCUCCGACAAGAUGCCCUGGUUCAAGGGGUGGAGCGUCGAGCGCAAGGAAGGCAAGGCCGAUGGUAAAUGUCUGAUUGAGGCUUUGGACGCCAUCUUGCCCCCGUCCAGGCCGACCGAGAAACCCCUGCGUCUCCCACUUCAGGACGUGUACAAAAUCGGCGGUAUCGGAACCGUACCGGUGGGCCGAGUCGAAACCGGCGUGCUGAAACCCGGCAUGGUGGUGACGUUCGCCCCCGCAGGUCUCACCACCGAAGUAAAAUCGGUGGAAAUGCACCACGAAGCCUUGCAAGAGGCCGUCCCCGGCGACAACGUCGGCUUCAACGUGAAAAACGUGUCGGUAAAAGAGCUGCGUCGCGGCUACGUGGCGGGCGAUUCGAAAAACAACCCGCCCCGCGGCGCCGCCGACUUCAUCGCGCAGGUGAUCGUCCUGAACCACCCGGGGCAGAUCGCCAACGGCUACACGCCGGUGCUCGACUGCCACACGGCGCACAUAGCUUGCAAGUUCGCCGAGAUCAAGGAGAAGUGCGACCGGCGCACCGGGAAGACCACGGAAGAGAACCCGAAGGCCAUCAAGUCGGGGGACGCGGCCAUCGUCAACUUGGUGCCCUCCAAGCCGAUGUGCGUCGAGUCGUUUUCCGAGUACCCGCCUCUCGGCCGUUUUGCCGUGCGCGACAUGCGCCAAACCGUCGCUGUUGGUGUUAUUAAGUCUGUAAACUUCAAAGACACCACUGGUAAAGUCACGAAGGCCGCCGAGAAGGCCCAGAAGAAGAAAUAACUAGGCUUAGUCCAGUCUUCUGCCGCCGGCCCCAAGAAAAUCUUCAUCACUUAUUACUAUUACUUGCUAUUCUCUAGGUGGCUUCAGCAGAAUUAUUUUCAUCGGAAAGAGUUCAGGAGGAAAAAUUUAAUCGUUCCGUAUUUUAGGUUUUAUUAUUUAUUAUUCGAUUAAUAAUAUUUAUCUGUUGUUUUAUCUCUUUCAUUUUAUUAUUACUGGAAAGGCAUUUCAGUUAGGAUAAGGUUUUUAAUUCAUAUUUGUUGAUUUUUGUUAAGAUGAAUGAUAGACUUGUACUACACAUGUAACGGCUUCAUUAAAUAACUAAUAAAGAUGAAGCAUCUCAA